CCUUCGUCUUGGAUCACGAAACUUGACUUCUCUCCACAAUCGGACUUCGAGUGCCGCUUCGCCGCCUACCGCGCAGGGAGCUCACGGGUCCGCCUUUAAUCCGCAGCUUCACGACUUUCUUGCAGUAGCCUUUAUGCAAGGUCGAGGCAAUAUUCGCCGCAGCAGAGUCUAGCAACAUAGUUCAGACCCAAUUCUCCAAGAUGGACGCAAGGCGCCCAUUACGUGCCGUCGCUGCCAAUUCCAACAACGAGAAUAUCGUCUCCUCCAAACAGCCCGCCCAUUACCGACAGAAGUCCGUUGGCAACCUCAAAGCAAUGGCCCCGACCGGUGCGCUCAAUGCCCCUCCAAAGCGAACCGCCUUUGGCGACGUAAGCAACACUGCUAGGGCUCGUGUGGUUGAACCCGCCGGUAAGGCGGGUACUAGAGAGACCGUCAAGCCUCGCGGCAAGGCAAUUACCACAUUAGUCAGCGCCCGAGAUGCCCGGCUUGAGGAUAAGGAGAACAGGAAAGGAGGUACCAAGGAGAACAGGUCCAAACCGACCGCAGCAUCCAAGGGAGUCAGUCAUGGCAGUAAGCCUCAGCCGAACGGGGCCCGUCAGGCGGCAAACCCGACCUCUCGCGCGAACGCCAAUUACGUUCCGACUGGAACUUCUCUUGCGCAGCCUCCGUUGCGGAACGGUGCGUCAAAGAAGACGACUGCAGUCUAUUCAGACCGUAAAGAAGAGCAGGUGAACGCUGGUACCGAAGCAGUGUCUCCUGUCGAUGACCUUGCCAUUCCCGUGGUCAAGCCGAUUAAGAGCCCGCGCCACUACAAGAGCCAGCCACUGCUCCGAAUCGAACAGCACAGGAUGGGGUGCCAGGAGGCCAAGUUCCCAGUUCAGCCCGAGAACGUCGUUGACAUUGAGAACGAAGGCGAUAUUGACGACAACGCGACGGAAGCGGCUUACGAGGAUGCUGUCGAAGAAUUGUCACAGGGUGCCGAAUGUGCUGUUCGGGGCACUCUUGCCGAGAUGGAACAAGCAGACUACAAGAGCCUCCGCCGGGACGAGCACGACACGUCGGAGCAAUCCAAAGCCCUUCCUGAGCUGCCUGGUGCAUCCGAAUUGGAGGAGUACUGGGAUGAGGAGGAAGAGCAGGAACUGUACGAUGAGCAAGGCUACACCACAGCACAUUCGUACCGGUCGCACGGCGAUAACACCACGAAUGGCCCGACGACACUGCUUGCGCCGCACGUCACAGCCAGUGUCCGAGAAGAACUGGAGAUGGCGAAAGCGUACGUUGCAGAGCAUCAGACCGAGGAAGAGAUUGAGGAAGAAGCAUGGGACGUCAGUAUGGUGGCUGAGUACGGCGACGAGAUCUUCGAGUACAUGAGGGAACUUGAGGCACAGAUGCUUCCAAACCCUCACUAUAUGGAUGACCAGACGGAGAUCCAGUGGUCGAUGCGAUCUGUGCUCAUGGAUUGGCUGGUCCAAGUGCAUCACCGAUUCUGCCUCCUUCCCGAGACUCUCUUCCUUACCGUCAAUUACAUCGACCGCUUCCUCUCAGUCAAAGUCGUCUCUCUUGGGAAGCUCCAGCUCGUUGGUGCCACCGCUCUCUUCGUCGCGGCCAAGUACGAAGAGAUAAACUGCCCGUCGGUUCAGGAGAUCGUCUACAUGGUGGAUUCGGGCUACAGCGUUGAUGAGAUUCUCAAGGCUGAGCGUUUCAUGCUGAGCAUGCUGCAUUUCGAGCUUGGGUGGCCCGGCCCCAUGAGCUUCCUCCGCCGCAUUAGCAAGGCGGACGACUAUGACCUCGAGACGCGGACUCUUGCCAAGUACUUCCUGGAGAUUACGAUUAUGGAUGAGCGAUUUGUCAGCUGCCCCCCGAGCUUCCUUGCUGCUGGCGCGCACUGCAUUUCCCGCUUCUUCCUGGAAAAAGGAGACUGGACUCUCGCGCAUGUUCAUUACUCUGGAUACACCCUUAGCCAGCUGAAGCCGCUGAUCAAGUUGCUUUUCGAGUGCUGCCAAUACCCAACCAAGCACCACAGCGCCGUCUACGAGAAGUAUGCGACGCCAAAAUACAAGCACUCAUCGACUUUUGUCGAGAGCAAGAUCGCCAGCGGCCUCACGCUGUCUCAGUUGUUUGCUGGGGCAGCCCAUCAGGACACCUCGUCCAUUGUGGGCGACUCCAAAACAAACCAAUACCAGGCGCCCCGAGUCCUCAUUCCGACCCACGGCUAGACACGCCCUAUUACCAGUCAACACUUGGCGGCUUUUCUUUUCCCAUGUCUUGUCUUCGAUGUACACAUUUAUACCAACACACCUCCGUUUGGAAGGUGGCUUUGUGGCCUGUCCGGCAUUUCCUUUUUUUUUUCCUUUCGACCUUUCUACGGCCCUUCUACGACCCAUGCCGCUGCGCAUUUCCUA